AUGCAUGAUGAUGGUCUUGGUGGCUGUGCAACAUAUACUAUGGAAUCAGGAACUGCCUCACACAAAGUUGAUGUUAAUAUUAUGUCUGAAUCAGAAGAUUCAAACCGAGAGAAAGGCAACAUUAGAUCCAUGACACUAGUUGGAACCAGUGGAUCAAAAAUAAUUUCUUCUGUUAGUGCUGAAGAAAGCACUACUCCGCCUUCAGCAGAUACCUCUGAAACAGAGAAUGUAUCCUCUGAUUUGCCUCCCAGUAGUUUAAGGAAACACAAGAUUUCAAAACAUGGACCUAGGUACAGGGAGCGUUCUCCUGGCAAAAGGCAGAAGGUUUUCACUUCUGACAUUUCUUUUGCAAGCAAUAUACUGAAUAAACUUUCCAUUCCGGAGAUUCGUGACACAAGACAAGAGUCUAGAGAAUCUGGGGGUGAUAUACUACGAAUUGUUGACGAGUCCACUAAGAAGACUUCAAGCAAAGAUACUGUGGAGAAAGCCCAACUGCUACUACUGAUAAUGUGGGAAGAGAGAGUAAUAAAUGCCUUAGAGCGAGAUCUAUACUUGAAGGGCAUAGAGAUAUUUGGAAAGAACAGCUGUCUCAUUGCCAGAAACUUACUAUCUGGUCUGAAGACCUGCAUGGAAGUGGCCAACUACAUGUAUAACAAUGGUGCAGCGAUGGCGAAGAGACCUCUCUUGAAUAAAUCCAUCUCAGGCGACUUUGAAGAAACUGAACAAGACUACAUGGAGCAAGACAUGGUUGCCAGAACAAGAAUCUAUCGUCGGAGGGGCCGCAAUCGAAAGCUGAAAUAUACUUGGAAGUCUGCAGGGCAUCCAACUGUCAGAAAAAGAAUUGGUGAUGGGAAGCAAUGGUACACACAAUAUAACCCAUGUGUGUGCCAGCAAAUGUGUGGCGUUCGAAGAGCUGCAAAAACAAGUUUAGAGGCUGCCAUUGUGCAAAAAGUCAAUGCAGAAGCAGACAGUGCCCCUGUUUUGCAGCCAAUCGUGAAUGUGAUCCAGAUGUUUGUAGGAAUUGCUGGGUGA